AUGAGCGCACCUUCACCAAUAACUCCUAAAGACUUAGACGAGCCCCUCUUCGCACCACGAGCGUACUUGCCUAACGCUUCUGGUAGAUCUAGUGGUGGCAUACGACCAAGGAAGUUGACGAAGCGGCUCUCUGGUAGAAGACGGUCGGCAAGAAACAAUGGGUCGUCUGGACGGUUGUCGCCUACAAGUGGAAGGUCUCCUAUCUCUUCCGGAAGUCGAACGCCUUCAACUUCGAGAAGUGCGGCAGGGACUUCCUCAAACGAUGAAAGUGAUGCUGACCGGGCCGUGAAUAAGAACAUCAAGUGCGGCGUGGCGUCAGAUAAUAGAAGAAAUGGGAAUACUACUGGAGGUGAUGUUAAUGUCGCGUAUGGAAGCAGGUCUACAUCAAAGGGAGAGGGCGACCCGAAUGAAGUGUUGUCAGAGUUUUCGACGCCACGUGAGGCCCUUGAGGGAGGCCCUAGAGCGAUCUCUAGCGUGCAGGCUAAAAACAAAGGAGCGCAUCCUUUUGCUGUACAAAAACCUGCUGUCAACACCGACAAGGAGUGCAGAAAACGUAGUAACAACCCUUUUUGGUCUAUAUCUCCAAAAGGGUCUCCUGCAACAAGAGACCUAGAGCAACGUUUUGGCUCUAUUCCCGAUGAGAUGCCGGGAAUGAUGGUGCGUCGCUCAAAUUCAGACUUAGCACAACAUUUGACGCCGAAAGGUGGAGAUGAACAGCAGGAGAACUCUACUACGAACGACUUGGCAUCCGCAGAACAAAUUUUUGUGGAUGAAGAGAAAGAAGGAGAAGAAGACGAAGAGCAUGGAGGUGAAGAAGGCGAGACCAUCGAAGAUUUUGAGGCUGAAUCCAGUCAAGAAGAACUAGCGCAGCUCGAGCUGAUAUUGCGUGGAGCGUCUCUUAGUUUGGCACCUAAGCCAAAACUGAUUCUCAAGGCGACGGAAGAAAGAAUUAACCACGCCAAUGCAGGAGAUUAUAGAGACUCACCCAGAACUUCCUCAAACACUAACGCUCUGUCCUCUAUUCUUGCUUUUGAAGGAAAGGCUCUGGCAACUGGGGCAACGACGUCGACAAGAAGCUCCUCGCGAGCACACAUAGAAGAGACACAAAUGCCAGUUCCGCACUCCAGUGCUGCAACUAGAGUUUCAAGUAUAGCAAUAUCGAGAGUAGUUACAGGAACUACAACACCAAAAGAAGGUGCUGCAUCUAGAGUUCCGAUUACCACUGGUAUACCAAGAAUACCAACAUCAGAAGUUGUGGUUGUAGAAGGUGGCGCCUCUCUCUGUAGUCCGAACCCCUUUUGGACCGACCCUUUAUCGAGAACAACUACUAGAAAGCGCAAGAAAAUAGAGUAUGCAAAACCGCGAAGAAUGAGCUUGAAAUUUUCUACCUAAGAAUGGUGUUUUUUAGUUCGGUGGGAUUUCCUUCAUGAAUAUUGAGCCUGUGUUGAAAGC